AUGGGUUCUCUCACACCUCUCCAUGACCCGCCCCAGUUCCUAGUAAUCGGUGCUGGAUCUCGAGGGAAUGCAUACGCCCGGGCGGUGGAGGCCUCGACUUCAGGAUCUAUCGCUGCUGUGGCUGAGGUCGAUCCUUUCAAGAGACAAGAGUUUGGGCAGAGAUAUAUCUGGGGAAGAGACGGGACACCGCAGCCACAUCAAUGCUUUGCUGGGUGGCAAGAGUGGAUUGAGUGGGAAAUACGCAGGCGAAACGAUUCGGAGGUUGUUUGCUAUAUCCCAAUCACGGGUGUGUUCAUUUGUACACUUGAUGAGAGCCAUGCACCCAUCAUUCGAGCACUUGUGCCUUUGAACCUGCACAUCUUGUGCGAGAAGCCACUGGCCAUCUCACUGUCAGAUUGUCUCUCGAUCUCGUCAGCCCUCUCCAAAUACCCACCCAAGGUCGUGUCUAUUGGCCAUGUCCUGCACUACUCACCACACAAUAUCAUGCUGCGCAGACUCCUCACGUCCGAGAAGGUCAUUGGUGAGAUUGUCUCAAUUGAGCAUACUGAGCCCAUCGGCUGGUGGCACUUCUCACAUUCUUACGUGCGGGGCAAUUGGCGCCGUGCAACACCUGAAGGAGUGGGAUCACUGCUGACAAAGUCUGGGCAUGAUAUUGAUUUUAUUCUUUGGCUCCUUUGCUCACCGAGCUCCCUUACUGGUAAUCAACCCCACCUUCCCUCUACCAUCUCUAGCACAGGGGCUGUAACACAUUUUCGAAGGGCAAGGAAACCGAAAAAGGCAGCCCUCUCCACAAAUUGUCUAUCUUGCCCCGCCGAGCCUGAUUGCAUAUAUUCUGCGAAGAAGAUAUACCGUGAUAGGUGGCUUCGGACAGAAAAGGACACUGGCUGGCCUCUAAAGAUUGUGGUCCCUGAGAUCGAAGAUAUUGUUCAACACCAAGGAUGGAGCUCGGCGGAAGAUCAACUCAUGGAAAGGCUAGGAGAAGACUAUGACAAAGCUCAAACGCCUGAUGAUAAGAUUGCUAGUAGAAGUUGGUACGGUCGAUGUGUUUACGAAUCUGACAACGACGUCGUGGACGAUCAAACUGUAACCCUGGCUUGGGAAGACGAUCCCCUGCCCGGCUAUGAGAGAGGCAGGGGACCAAAAACGGCACUUUUCCACAUGACUUACCCCACUCAGUCUCAAUGUGAACGCCGAGGCAGGAUCUAUGGUUCAUUGGGUGAGAUAGCCUACGAUUCUCACACAAUCACGGUACAUAACUUCGAGGAUGGCGUAACAACCAUGCACGACAUCCCCAAACAAGACCCAGAGGUCGAGAAGAGCCAUGGUGGGGGCGAUUGGGGUUUGGCAGGUGCAUUCGUUCAAGCUGUACAGAACGUUGAUGAAGGUACAAUGGAUGUCACACAAGCACAGAGAGAACUGGUGGGUUGUGAUCUUGCCGAAAUCAUCCUGAGUCAUGCGGUUGUCUUUGCAGCAGAGGAGGCCAGAAGGGAAAGAAAAGUGGUCAACUGGGCCCAAUGGUGGGCGAAGAAUGGGCAGAGUGCAAUGCCGGAUGUGGUCAAUGCAGAUUGA